GCAACUUUUCGGGUUGGUUGCAGAAACUACUCAUGACAAUAUUGUUGCUUUCAUCAUAACACACCUGGACCAUCUGUCAUGUCAUUUAUAACCUGCUCUAACACCAAUGACCAAUCCUUCGGCCCAGGAGUCAUAGGCUGCCGAGACGACUUCGACUUUACUGUUAGAUUUGAGCAGCUGUUCUUCUCUCUGACGCCAUGUGCACUUUUCAUUCUUCUCUCAAUAGGGCGCAUCAUUGCGCUCGCCAGGCAUUCAAUCGUCGUCGAGGCGCGGUACCUCUGGCUGAGUAAAUUGGGGGCUACUAUAUCUUAUACAUUAAUCGAGCUAGUCUUGCUUGUUCUCACUAGCACAGGCUCGUCCAGCACAAGUCGCUUUGCUAUUUCUGCGUCUUCGCUACGCAUUGUUGCCGCUGUCUGCAUGAUACCUCUCUCGUCAUUGGAAAACAACAGGUGCCCGCGGCCAUCUGUAUUGCUUGGAGCCUAUCUUCUCAUAACUAUCUUACUUGACAUUGCCCAGGUUCGUACGUUUUGGCUCGCCUCUUCGACACAACUCGAAAUAGUCUAUGCUGCCGUCUUCACAACAGCCCUGGGGAUGAAACUUGUCGUCGCAUUACUUGAGGCCCAGAAAAAGACGAGAUGGGUUAGAUGGGAUAAAAGUAGUCACAGUCCCGAGGAGACAAGUGGUAUUUAUAGUCUCGGCUUAUACUCGUGGCUCAAUAAGCUCGCCGUUUCAGGCUAUCAGAAAGUCUUACAGGUCCAGGAUCUUUAUCCUCUUGAUAGCGCCAUGAGUUCUGCACAGUUGCACCCGCGCUUCGCCCGGCACUUUAAAUCUUCACUAUUCACAGGACGCAAACACAGACUUCUUCUUAUCCUCUCACGUAGUUUGGUAAAUCAAUUACUCCUUCCUAUUAUCCCGAGGCUGGCCCUACUCGGUUUCACGUUAAGCCUGCCUUUCUUCAUUGAAAGCUUGAUAGAAUACCUCGCAUCCCCAGCAGCUUCUAUGUCAGCACACGCUGGUUAUGGACUUAUCGGCGCUAUUUCUCUUAUAUCUACUGGCAUUGCUUUAUCAACCGCGCUGUACUGGUAUUUCCAGUACCGCAUGCUCCAAAUGGCCCGCGGGAUGCUUAUUAGCGCCAUAUACGUGAAGACCACAGAAGCUAAAAUCGCUGCUGGAGACGGAAACGCGUCACUAACUCUUAUGAGCACCGACAUAGAACGAAUAUAUCAGGGCUUUCGUUCCUUGCACGAAAUCUGGGCGAACAUAGCACAAGUAGCAAUCUCGGCAUUCCUGUUGUACCGGCAACUUGGGUCUGCUUUUGCGGUGCCUAUCGUCGUCGUCACACUCUGCGCCCUGGGAAUUCUUGUCCCUAUUCGGUACACUGCAAGAGGCCAAAGACGAUGGAUGGAUGAAAUCCAGAGACGCGUUGGUCUCACAUCCAAUGUCAUUGCUAACAUGAAAAGUUUGAAAAUAUCCGGUUUGACGGCCCCCAUUACUUCCUUCGUUCAGCAACUCCGGGUAAAGGAGCUUGCUGCCAGUAAAGAGUUCCGUAGACUGCUCCUGAUUUCAGCUACAUUGGCCUACCUGCCACUUUUGACGUCUCCUUUCCUGACGUUUGCAAUUGCCCAGCGCACACUUGAUGUUUCUAGUAUAUAUACCUCGCUGUCGUAUCUUUUACUCAUGACCCAGCCCCUUACUCAGGUAUUUCAAACAUUCCCUCUGAUUGUUGGAGGAAUAGAGUGUCUUCGGCGCAUUCAGUCAUUUUUGGAAUCCGAAGAUCGCCACGACCGUCGGACCGUCAAGAACUUACACGCCGAUAAGAAAACAGCACUAACAUCAGAACCCAAGUCCGAGGUAAAUGCUGCCACUCAAGAGCCUGUAAUUGUGAUUAAAGGGGGCAGGUUCGGUUGGCUACCUGACCAGAUAGCCCUUCAAGAUAUUGAUGUCAAUAUUCAGGGAGGAUCAUUGACGAUGGUUGUGGGCCCAAUUGGUUCAGGGAAAUCCUCGCUCUGCAAAGCGCUACUAGGUGAAAUGCCGUACUGUGGCGGAAUAUUCACCAUCAAUAUACGAUCGUCAAAGGUCGGCUACUGUGAACAGAGCCCGUUUCUAUUCAAUGGAAGCAUACGUGAUAAUAUAGUUGGCUUCUCACCGUUUGAUCCGGCCCGAUACGCAGAGGUCAUUGAAGCUACCCUCCUCCAGGUAGAUUGCCAGACACUGCCGCAAGGCCACGACACGAUUAUCGGAAGUAAUGGCAUUACUCUUUCGGGCGGGCAGAAGCAGCGCGUGUCUCUAGCACGGACUCUCUACUUGCAGACUGAUCUCUUGAUUCUAGAUGAUGUCUUUAGCGGUCUUGAUGCAGAUACAGAAGAUCAAGUUUUUGAUCGCGUGUUCGGGAAAAUCGGUCUUCUGAGGGAAAGGGGCACAUCAACAGUGCUCUGUACACAUUCAAUACGCCACCUGCCACAUUCAGAUCACAUAAUAGCACUCGAUCCCAACGGUAGAAUUGCUGAACAAGGUUCAUUCGGAAACCUCAGCAUCGAUGGAGGAUAUAUCCAUAGUCUGGGAAUCAAAGCUACUCACGGAGCUGACGAGUCGAGUGCUGAUACGAAGCUUGAGAUCAACAUGGUAAACCCGCCAACAGUUCAACCAACAGUUGAGCCUACUGCUCCGGAGACCCAUGAUACUACACGACAGACAGGUGACCUCGCUGUCUACAGGGUUUAUUUCAAGAGUAUGGGGUUGUCAUUGACCAUCUGCUUCUUCUUCCUUGGUAUUACGCAUGGGGCUUUUCUGAACUUCUCUACUGUCUGGCUCUCAUAUUGGGCUGCAGACGGAACCAGUGCAGCUCCAUCUCACGCGAAUGGCUACUAUAUCGGGCUCUACUCCUUGUUCCAAAUCAUCGCGACGAUUUCACUAGCAGCAUUGGCAUUUCUAUUGCUUCUGACGGGCGUUUCUCGUGCUGGAGCCUCGCUACAUCACACUGCCUUGAAAACGAUGGUCCACGCACCGUUGCGCUUCUUCACUACCACUGACCAGGGUGUUAUCCUAAACCUGUUCUCACAAGAUUUGAACCUCGUUGAUACUGAUCUCCCAGGAGCGUUGCUGAACACAAUUAGUAGUGUGUUUGUAGCUAUUGGUCAAGCUGCUGUGAUUGCCUCAGCAGUGCCGUACCUCGCGAUUUCUUACCCGGUCAUUGGAGCUAUUCUCUAUGUGCUGCAGAGAUUCUACCUGAGAACUUCUAGACAAUUGCGACUCCUGGACUUAGAAGCUAAAAGCCCACUAUACACACACUUCCUCGACACUUCUAGGGGCGUUGUCACGCUACGUGCCUCCGACUUCAUGAGCGAGCAUAAGGCUAAGAACCGUCACCUGUUGGAUACGUCACAACGACCAGCCUACUUAUUGAUCAUGAUCCAGCAAUGGCUCGCCGUUGUCUUGAACCUUGUUGUCGGUGCGAUUGCGAUCUUGCUUACCGCAUUAGCUACACAGCUUCGUUCGGGCUCAGGAAUCACCGGUGCUUCUCUUGUGACAUUACUUAGCUUUGGCGAAAGCCUCUCGGGGAUCAUCAUCUCCUAUACACAGCUAGAAACUUCCAUAGGCGCCAUCAGCCGGCUAAAGUCCUUUAGCGAUCGUGUCAAGCCAGAAGAACAGGAACAUGAGGAGACUCAUCCCUCCGCAAACUGGCCGCAAAAGGGCAAGAUAUCAAUGCGGAACGUAUCUGCUAGUUAUUUAGAUUCAGGCGAAGGGGGAACGAAUGGGGCGGUGACUUCAACAUUAGCACUUGACGAUAUUAGCUUAUGCAUUCGACCUGGAGAAAAAGUCGCAAUAUGUGGGCGCACGGGAAGUGGCAAAUCCUCGCUGAUUGCAUUGCUGCUGAAGCUACUAGAACCACUCGCCACGACGCCAGACUGCGUAUAUAUAGAUGGCAUCUCUCUUGCACGACUCGACCGUACCACGCUGCGUCAGCAGAUCAUAGCAAUACCCCAAGAUGCCGUGUUUCUCCCCGAGGGCUCAAGCUUCUUCACCAAUCUGGACCCAUACGAAGUAGCCACACUGGAAGACGCACAGUCGGUUCUACAGGUCGUAGGGAUGUGGGAUUUCAUUGAGGAGCGUGGGGGUCUCGAGGCAGGUAUGGCUGAAAGCACACUGAGCCAGGGGCAGCGACAGCUUUUCUCUCUUGCGCGCGCCGUGUUACGGCGCCGAAUCCGGUCGCAAAGUCUUGGACUUGGAGGUUGCGGGUCUGAAGGUGGUAUCCUUCUGCUUGAUGAAGUCAGCUCAAGUGUAGACCAAACAACAGAAAGGAAGAUGCAGAAGGUCAUUCAGGAGGAAUUCAGGAAUUACACCAUCAUUGCUGUGAGCCAUCGGCUAGAUAUGAUCAUGGAUUUUGAUCGGGUCGUGGUUAUGGAACAGGGCAAGGUUGUUGAAGUGGGAAACCCAAUGGAUUUGGCCACGAGCGAUGAAACAAAGUUCGGGAGUUUGUAUAAUUCUGGUAGAUAAGAGUAUCAAGUCAGCUUUGCUGUUCUUGGUUGGGCUCGCCGAAGGAAUGUUUGAAGGCCAAAGUAAGCUGGCAAAGAACAUCUCUACUCGAGUAAGUUCCACGCCAUUUGAGUUGUCUGGUGUUCCACUUAAUGAUAUGUAGCACGCAACAUGUAAAAGGAUUAAAAGAUAAUUAAGCGUUAAAACUCC